CACAAAAAAAAAAUCAUUUGAAAUACACAUUACCGCAAUGCUACUCUGGCUAGUCAAUUCCUUCCUCCAUUGCAUAUAGCCUACAAGACUAGGCGUAAAUAUUUUGGCUUGAGACGAACCUAUGUUCCUUCCCUAACCCGGACCAAUACUUAAUGAUGUUAGUUUUAGGUAAAAAAAAUUCCACCCGUAGCAUUCGGCCUCCUCGCGCUCGGGCGCGCUCGGGCGCACUCGAGCAAGCUCGGCUCCGGGCAGCGGCCUGGCAGCGGCGAGACACGCUGGUCUCAGAUCAACGACACCUGGCGACCCGGAGCGACGAGCAGCGGAGGUGUUAGCUGGCGCGAGCAUGGCGCGCGGCGUGUGGACGUUGCUGCUCCUGGCGGUUGCUGCGGCAGUUGCCCGCGGCCUGCCGAUCGUCGACCCUGGCUUGUUCGUGAUCAUGGGCGUGCGCACAUGCGGCAUGGGCCGCGGCUACUGUCUGCUGGGAGGCGACUGCACUCUGGACGAGGACUUCCUGCCCGACGUGGACGGAGGCCACUGCGACGGGCUGCGCUCGGCCUUCACGCCCAGCGCGCACUUCAUCUGCUGCCGCUACAGCAACGGCAGCAUCACCGCCGAGCCCGAGACCUCCGGCACCACCCAGGACCCGGACAACACCACCACGUCGCUGGCUCUAGAGCCACGGGGCCCCACCACGCACCUGCUUGACUUCAGCAACGAUCUGUUCCCCCUGGGUGACACCCUGCGGCGCCCACAGAAUCCAGCUGCCUCGUCGUCGAUCAGUUCUCACUCGGGCGACGGCGGACUGCGGCCCGCCGAUGGAAACGAAGUGGGCAUUGCGACCCGGUCUCAGGAGAACCACUUGCCUUCGCUGACCACGAGCACUGCAGACGAGUACGGGGAACCCACACAACCCGUGGAGGAAGAGAACACCAUCGUGUACAAGCCAACAACUCCUACAGUUGUAGACUACCACACUUACAUCACUGCUGCGCAAGACAGGGACUUGACUAAAGAGGAAAUGGGGACGGAGGUUAUGUCGUUUACAGAUGGUCUAACAACCACGGGUGAAUCGCUGAGCAUGACAACCGACACAGUAGUUGGAACUACAUCUUAUCCAGCUACCCUGGAGGUACGCGACAACACCACUGUAGCUGAAGGAGUCGAGGGAGCGACCACCGCGGGUCCUCACAGGCCGACUGGUGACCAUCAGUGGCGCUGCAGUGGCGACCAGCGGAACCUCUGCUGGAUGGUCACCUUCGAGGACUCACGAGACGGUACCACGCUGUGCCACGGUGCCUUCGUAGGCGUAAAUGCUGUGCUCACUUCAGCCCAAUGUAUCGUCAGACUUUUCUCCCACGGUCUAGAAGAAGUGAAACUGAGGGGUGGCAGCACUAGGGUAUCUUCAGCACAGAUUAAGGACGUACUAGUGCACGAAGACUACGACAUCGAGGGACCAAUGGAUGUCCUCAAUGACCUCGGCAUGGUGCGGCUGCACUCUGGUGAGUGGAGCACUCUGGCCCCGGAGUGUGCAUUGUGCCUGCCUCAAGUGGAGGAGGACUUCAUGGGCCGAAAGUGCUGCUCACCAGCCAUUGCUCCUCCUAGCCACUCUGCAGGGAGACAGCUGGACGGCCAUGCCUACUCGGACUGUGGCCCCGGAGAGAGCGUGUCCGGGCCCAGGAGAGACGCCCAGCCAGGAGCCGAGAUGGCAGGCAGCGCCUUGUUGUGUGGCUCGGUGCUGGCUGGGGUGGCCUCCAUGAUGCAGGGUGGGGCCAUCUUCACCCCCACCACCAACCACCUGCCCUGGAUCCGCGCCAACAUGGCGUGACCACACCCACUGCUGGACCAGAACUAUGUCGCUCCAACUACUACCACCCUCAAGUGAUGCUGGGUGGGUCCAUCGUAAACCACCUCUGGCUGUGUGAACAUCUAUUUUUUCUUAUGAAUUAUUAUGAAUGAAAAAAGCUGUGUAAAACCAUACAUUCGGGAACUUUUUUUAACAAUGUUCCGAACUUUAAAAUGUAGUUACAGGUUCAUUCUUGCUUUCCUUAUCAGCUCAAAAAACAUGAUGGUUUUAUCUGUUUUGGGGAAAUGUAAAUUUUCAUAAGCAAAAGGCCCUUAAAAUCAAGUCUUGAAGUCAUUUUGUUUAGGCCUCUUAAUUGGACGAUGUUCUGCAUUCACAGAAUAUUUAUAAACUGUAGUAAAAUUCGAGAUGGUUGUAGAAUUUCAUCCAAUUAAACAUAAUCUAGCCGCUCAAUGUUCUAUCUUAAAUUCUUACUCUACUCAAAAUGCUGUUCAGUUGGGAAGCAGUUUAGAUUAUUGAACUUAUUACGUCGUGAUAAACCUCAAACCGAAGUUUCUCGGUUGAAUUCUUACACAUGCUGUAUAAUAUAAUGUAUAUAAUAGUUCGGGAAAUUGUCGAAAUAUUAGGUUGAUGAUUUAAAAUAAAUAUAAUGAAGCGGCAGUUAUGUUUCUAAGUCUUAGAACAUAGCUUUUUCUGAGUUACUGAAGGGUAUUUUGUAAAGUGUAUGUAUGUGUUUGUAUAAAUCUGCCAAACUAUACACAUUCGUCUCAGGCACAGUCAACAUUUAAAACGUAAGCUUUCUUCCAUGCCGUUCACGAGACUGUGUACUUGGGAACACUGAGUGGGAUUGAGAGAGGGAGUACUGAGUGGGAUUGAUAGAGGGAGUACUGAGUGGGAUUGAUAGAGGGAAUACUGAGUGGGAUUGAGAGAGGGAGUACUGAGUGGGAUUGAGAGAGGGAGUACUGAGUGGGAUUGAUAGAGGGAAUACUGAGUGGGAUUGAGAGAGGGAGUACUGAGUGGGAUUGAGAGAGGGAGUACUGAGUGGGAUUGAGAGAGGGAGUACUGAGUGUGAUUGAGAGAGGGAGUACUGAGUGGGAUUGAGAGAAGGAGUACUGAGUGGGAUUGAGAGAGGGAGUACUGAGUGGGAUUGUGCUGCGAGGAUCUGCUGUUAACGCUCAUGGUUCAAACUGCUGAAAAGUGUCGUAAUUGACAGUUUCUUGCAUCAAUGAACUAAUAUCACUAAUACACUCGGUCUCUCUGAUACCAGCCGUUGAAGUUCACAUGAAUAUCCGCGUGUAGCAAGUGCCAGCCUCUCAAUUGAGAAAAGUGUGCAUACAAAUAUAUUUUUUAUAUAUUUUUAUUUAUUAUUUAUUUAUAUUAUUUAAAAUAUUUUGGCUUGAGCUUUUUAACAAUUGAUGAACCAGCUAACGUAGUUAAAAAAAAUCACUUUAUAUUUGUGAAAGGGACAAGGUUACAUAAUUAAUAAGACUAUAAAAUUUAGU